CGUUUUGCAGGAUGAGAAGAAUCUGAGUGACUCCAAAAUUUGAGUAUCAUUUGUUCUAUAAGCGCUUGCUGUGGGAGCCUUCGAGAAAAAAUGACUUUGUGGAUAACGUGCCUUUUUGCAUUCUUUCACACGACUACGUUUGCAGCUGAUGCGCCAAUGUGCAUACGUUACAAAGGGAGUGAUCUCUAUGAAAGAUAUGAAACACGACGACGUCAAUCCUUUGGCUUCAUGUUCGAUUGGAAUAAGCACAACCUUGAUCCUUAUUUGUGUACAGCGGAGUACAUUCAGAUUGUUUACACAACUUACGAUUUGUGUAAGCUGUUCUGUACAGUUCCAACAACGCCAACGCCAACAGCUACAACUCCGAAGGCUCCCUUAACUUCUGAUGUGUUUUCCACCGAAAAGUCAUCAAAGGCAACAACAGCUACAAUGACAAGAACUUCUUCAGGAACAACAAGUCCUACUGUUUCUUACACCAGUGCGACGUCUACAAUGAAAUUGUCGUCAACAACGCCAGAGCCUUUGACAUCAACGAGAAGCACAACAAACGUUACAAGCUAUACCACUGGCAGUGCCACUACAGAGAAGAACGCAACAACGUCAUCUACACAAUUGACUACAAAAACAACAACUUCUGAAUCAACAGCGCCUUCGCUCGCAACUGCUCUCACUACCUUUGGUAGUAGUGCCGCAAACGGCUCGAAGGCGGCAAACGCAACAGCGAAAGUGGCAACGAUAACUACACCGUCGCUUAAUGCAACAAAGUCUCCUGCUUUCAAAUUCAGUACUACCACAGAUACGAGAGCGUUGACUUCAACCAUGGCAUCAACAUCGUUGGAUUCGUCGAGCUCUGCAGCAAGCUCUAGUCCUACCAUCGCUAAUGUCACGGGUCAACCAACAACAAUCGAAGACCCAAUAACGAUCGUUAUUUACAGCAAUGGCACUAUUGCCAUCAACGACGUCACAUGGAGAAGCAAACACUACUGCUUCAAGCACUACUACAGGCAAGGACUUAUCUACGAUGAGAACACAAGGAAGAAAGAAGCUAUGCAAAUCAAUAAAAAAACUUAUAUACUACUGUCCAUUCCUACCUGCCUUUACCUUUCCAUGGAAAAUUUUUCGAAACAUUACGAAGUGCGAGAAAUGGUGCCGUCGUAA